AUGGCGGAAGAAGAGACUUUCAAGAACUUUCUCCAAGCAAUGGAGGAAGAAAAUGCGAUAUCUAAGAAGCAGACAAGCGGCGAAAGGCAAGCUGAGCAAAAAUCUCAACAACAAAAGGAGCAAAGCAAAGCCGAGCUGGAAGCCGCCAUAAGAAAGCGGGUAGACUGUGAGGAGAAGGCCUUCAGGAUAGUGGAGAGACUCCUGGACAAUCCUGUAGACAUGGACUUCUUUGUCAAUUGUGCCCAGUACAUAGAGCCCAGCCACUAUACAGAUGUGAUGGUGGAACGUGCCAUUAUCGGCCAGUGUGGGUACCCUGUCUGUAACAACAAACUACCCAAGGACAAGCCCAAGCAGCAGUACCACAUCGACACCAAACACAACAAAGUCUAUGACAUCACAGAGAGAAAGAACUUCUGCAGUAACUGGUGCUACAAGGCCUCCCAGUAUUACAAGAACCAACUCUUCACAUCUCCUGUCUGGGCAAGGGAAAAGGAACGACCUGCAGCUGUUAGGCUGCUUCAGAGGGAGAGGUCAGUCGAGGUCAACUACGAGUCAUGUUCCAGUCAAGGUCAUCAUCAAGGUACCACAACUGAUAAACAGAAGGACUCAACUGAAGAAAAACAGCAAACUACCCUGGAAAAGGAUCCUCAACAGGAGCAUACAGCAAAAGAAACAGACCAAGAAAAGGAAAUUUCUGGUGAAGGUGCAGAAGUGGAGUUUGCGAAACUGUCACUCUUAGACACUGCAUUAGAACAGGAUGGCAGUGUUGAUAGUGAGACAAUUGAAAAGAUGCCAUCAGGUGGAGAUAGUGCAAAAGGGGACAUGUUGUUGAAUGUUGAAAAGAAAAUGAAUGAAUCACAAAUUGGGAGUAAAAGACAUGAGGAGCAAAUUCAGACACAGACAACAAGUGCACAAGAAGACUUUGAGGUUGGUAAAGUGCCUUCAGGAGAGGGGAGAGAAGUAGAGCUACAGACAGCCCCAGGGCCAGUAGUACCCACCAGACAUGGAGCAUCUGCACAUGUGUCAGUGGCACAGGCUGUCUUCAGAUCUUUAAUGGAGUGGAGAACAGAGGGUACCUUCAGGUUUUUGUACGGUGACAACGUCGAGGUCAACUUGGACCUUCCUGAAGUCUUGAGGUUCGCAACUCAGGAGGAUUUAAGGGCUGCUGCUGGGGUAACACAGCAAUGCCAUGGCAACAAUCACCAUAGCAACAGUCACCAUGGUGACAAAAACCAUGGCAACAAGGGCACACCUCAACAGAUGACUGAUAAGACAGCUGUCACAGCUGAAAAGCCCAGGAAAGUUAGGUUUGAAGAGGAUCAGAAAGACUUCUCCCAGCCGCUGUCUAUAUGUAUUCCCGAGGACCCCUGUCAGAAUCAGGAGGAAGUGCAGCUAGGAUCCCUGCAGGGAAAAGACCCAAAGGGAUCACAAGAAGACCAUGUGUACCAGGGAGGCCCUGACCUUGACCCUGGUGACCUGACCCGUGCGACCCGACCCCUGCCUGACCUUGUGACCCUGCGGCGUGAUGCGGAACUGUUCCACAUGAGGGUGCAGGAGUUCUACAGAGGAGGGACACAGAUGCCGGUCACUCAGGACCAGGAGUUAGAGGUCAAGGAGAAGAAGGUGGAAGACGAUGACCGUCCAGUCAUCCUGCCACCAGUGGACUCCCAGGCCCAGAGAGCUCUGCAACACAAGAUCCUAUUGGACAGGCUGAAUAGGGUUUUCCCCUCAGUGUUGGCCCCCCUUCGUCUAGGUGUGAGAGACUUUUCUACUGAACUCAACCUGCUGGUCAAGACAUUCAGGUUGACCAGUGACAACAUCAUCUUCAGACCUGCUGAGUUGAAGCUUCUGGCUGUAGUGCUGAUUCACAUCCUGGCCACUAAGGUCCCAGUGAUAAUGCAAAGCCUGUACUGUCCUGAGACUGCCCAGUUCCUGACAUCCCUGCUCCAGCCAUGGAGGCUGGACCUACAGGACCUGGACGCUCUGGUGUCUGUCAUGAGACUAGGCUGAAUGAGCUGUGUCGGAUGGUAGAAUUGCUAGGGCUAGCAGACACAAGAAUGAGAGGUCUUGGGUUCGAUUCCUGGCAUUGCUCGCUAGUCCUUAGAAAAUGCACUUCACAUGACUUUACUGGAAGCAUGUCUGAGGGACUACCUUUAACUUACAUGUAGAUCUACAUACAUGUAUACAGCUUAUAUACAGGUACAUCUAAAGCUAAAAAUUAUGGCCAUAUCUUCAAAUUGAGUCAAGAUACAGAGAUUGCAGUUGUAUAUACACCAUGGCUUUAAUGAAAUACAGAAAAAUAAUGAAA